CUCAGAACCGAAGGAAAAAGGGUAACGCCACUCGAGGGGCAUAAUAGUCAAAUAAAUCACACGAAGCCAAUCCCGCACGUGUGGGACUCUCAAACUGCCUCCUCCUUAACGAGUAACGAGAAACGGAGACACAGAAACCUUGUAGUAAUUUAAUUCCACUUGUGUCCCCGUGCAUUCGACACUCGCCGCAAAUGGUAUCCGAAUCGGAGCUAAUCGGCCGCCUCCGCGAGUUCCUCCGGAGCUCCGACCUCAACACCACCACCACCGCCACCGUCCGCCGCCAAUUAGAGUCCGAUUUCGGAAUCGAUUUGUCCGAUAGAAAGGCAUUCAUCAGGGAACAGGUCGACCUCUUCCUUCAAACCGAGCACCAACCACAAGAAGAAGAACAACACGAUGACCAGGAAGAACCUCAAAACGACGACGUAGAAGAAAGCCAACACUCUGAUUCCAAGGAAGAAACCGAAGAAGAAGAAGACGAAGACGGUGAUAAUGAAAACAACAAACCUAAGCGCGCCAAGGCUGCGAAGAAGAAGAAGAAUAAAGAACGAUCUAACAAGUCAGAUAAUGAGGUAGUGAAGAAAAAAGGUGGUGGUUUUUGUAAAUUAUGUAGCCUGUCUCCACAACUUCAAGAAUUCACUGGAGUACCAGAAAUGGCCAGGACUGAGGUUGUUAAGCAAUUAUGGGUCUACAUUAAGGAGAAAGAUUUGCAAGACCCAAGCAAUAGGCGAAAUAUCCUUUGUGAUGAAUCAUUGCGUGCCCUUUUUGGUGUCAAUUCCAUAAACAUGUUCCAAAUGAACAAAGCAUUGUCAAAGCAUAUCUGGCCAUUGGAUUCAGAUGACGUUGUCCAGGUAAAGCCGGCACCAAAGCAAAAGCAGAAGAAACAAGAGAGAGAAGAUGAUUCAGAUGAGCCAAAAACAAAGGAAAAACGGCAAAAGGGAGAGAAAGGAAAAUCUCCAUCAGGUUUUCUUGCUCCUCUCCAGCUAUCUGAUGCCCUUGUAAACUUCCUUGGUACUGGAGAAAGUGAAUUAUCAAGAUCUGAUGUCAUAAAAAGAAUGUGGGAAUACAUAAAAGGAAACGACCUUCAGGAUCCUUCUGACAAGAGGAAAAUAUUAUGCGACGACAAGCUGAAAGAACUCUUUGAUGUGGACUCCUUUAACGGCUUCACCGUUACAAAACUGUUGACUCCUCAUUUUAUAAAGGCAGAGCAGUGAGUUGCUUGUGGAAAUCGGUAAUGUUGUCCAAUUAGGUUUGGAAGGUCCUUCUUUUGUGGCCUUUUGGCAUUGUCUGCCAACACGAGGAAUAGGAAUUAGGAACAUGACAGAUUUUCAGUAAAUUUUUCUCCAAGAAUUUAAUGUUACGUGACCAUUACUUUGUUUUUUUUAAUAUCACGUUUUGUCACUUGGCAGUUGAAAUUUUUGUAUAUUUUCAGUUCCUGAAGCUGCAAGGAUAAUGCUGACUUCUUACUCUACUCUGCAAUUUGCUCAUAUGAGGCACUACACAUAUCCAUAAUACAUGAAUAAAUUUGCAGUAUUGAAAUGCAAUCAUCUUA